AUGUUGCCUCACGGUGUCCGCCGCCGCCGCCUUCUCGCCGUCGCCCUGCUGGUUGCUUACACGGCGACGCUGCGGGCAGCGCCGGCCGCCGCGGAGGACACCAUCCUGGGGCACAAGUGCGGCAUGCCUGCGGCUGCGGCUGCGGGGGCGAGCAACAGCAGCGACGCCGCCUACAGGUCCAACCUCAACGCGCUGGCCGCCAUCCUCGUCGCGGGCGCGCGGGCCAAUGGCUCGGCCGUCGGCGCGGCCGGCGCGUCGCCCGACGCCGCCUAUGGCCUCGCGCUCUGCCGGGGGGACUUCAGGGGCGACGCCUGCGCGCGGGGGCUCCGCGACGCCCUGUAUAGCGCCGUCAACGACUCCGAGGGCGUGUUCGGCUGCGGCCCGCCGCGGCUCAGGGACAUCACCCUCUUCUACGACCGGUACCAGCUGCGGCUCUCCGGCGCCGACUUCGUCUCCGGCGGCGGCGGGAACGCGCCCAGGUGGGCCGGGAACAACACUAACUUCGUGACCCCCGACAACGCGGCGCGGCGGUUCGACGCGCUCGUUCUCGAGCUGGUCACCACCAUCGCCGGCGUCGCCGUGGGCAAGCCCAGCAGGUACGCGACCGGGCGGUCGUGGUUCGAGGAGCAGCGCCUGACGCUGUUCGCCCUGGUACAGUGCACCGUCGACAUGUCGCCGGAGCGGUGCCGGGAGUGCCUCGACGGCCUCAUCUCGGCGUUCCCGGCCACUUUUCCCAGCGGGCAGCAUGGCGGCAGGAUCCUUGUGCCGCGGUGCACCGUGCGCUACGAGACGGACAACACCUUCUUUAACACAGCCGACUUGUCAGUCGACCUGCACAAGCAAAAACAGGCCAAACAAAUUGCUCGGUUGGAAUUACGAAGGUUGUCUAUUGCUGUUAAAAAUGUGAUCAACCUCUGGAGACUGGAGGAAGGCAACUCAGGGUUUUCGCUCUACGACUUCUCUCAGAUGAAAGGCGCUACCAAUGGAUUUUCUAUUGAAAACAAACUUGGUCAGGGUGGUUUCGGUGCUGUCUACAAGGGAGUGCUGCCUGAUGGACUUGAAAUAGGAGUGAAAAGGCUUGGUCCAUGUUCUUUGCAAGGCUUGCUGGAGUUCAAGAAUGAGAUCCAGCUCAUUGCAAAGCUCCAGCACAGGAAUCUAGUCAGGCUGCUGGGCUGUUGUAUUGAAGGGGAGCACGAGAAGAUUCUGGUCUAUGAGUACAUGCCAAACAAAAGCCUAGACCUCAUCAUCUUCGACAAUAAAAAAGGAGCGUCACUAGACUGGCCUAAACGUCUGAAUAUAAUCGAGGGGAUAGCUCAGGGGCUUCUCUACCUUCACGUGCACUCGCGCCUGUGCGUGGUACACAGGGAUCUCAAAGCCAGCAACGUUCUCUUGGACAGCCAGAUGAACCCUAAAAUCUCAGACUUUGGGAUGGCCAGGAUAUUCAGCUCUAGCGUGGCCGAGUCAAACACCACUCGAAUUGUGGGCACACAUGGGUACAUAGCUCCGGAAUAUGCCUCGGAUGGAGUUUGCUCGGUCAAGUCUGACGUCUUCAGCUUCGGUGUGCUGCUCCUGGAGAUCAUCAGCGGAACCAUGACCACUGGCUCCUACAGAUUCGAAGGCAAACUGUACAAGCUAAUCGCAUAUGCAUGGCUGCUGUGGAGAGCCGGGCAAUGGCCAGAGCUGGUAGACCGCAGCUUAGGGAACGGAACGUACGACUGCACCAUGGAGAGGCACGUCCACGUGGCGCUCCUGUGCGUGCAGGAGAGCGCGGACGACCGCCCCGCCAUGGACGAGGUCGUCAGGAUGCUGGGCAGCGGCGAUGGCGCGGUCCUCCCGGAGCCCAAGCAGCCGGCGUACUUCAACGUGCGCCCCGUCGGCACCGAGAUGUCGGCGUCCUGCGACAUGACCAUCACCAUAACCUUGUCGAGAUAA